AUGACCGAAGUUGAUCACCGCCUCGGCCCUGUUACCCCACCAGCCCAACACCAGAGCAAGGCAGGAGAACAUGGGAAAAAAAAGAGGAGCUGCUAUUCUAGAGCAGCAGACGACACCUGUCACCACGACAUCACCGUCAACCCAAUGGACGCCCACCUAACCCUCGCCAUGGCCACUUGGAAAUCUGAGAAACGCGCCUUGACAAAAGAAGAUUCGCCAAACUGGCUGGAGAAUCGCAAGUGGCCCAGGAGCCGCUCUUCGCCAUGGAGGCCUACGCGCCGCCGGAGAGUUUUCACGCGGCUGUUCUCGUCCCUGUUUGGAAACAAGGAAGCUCGGAUCCUCGUUCUAGGGCUUGACAAUGCCGGAAAAACCACCAUCCUUUAUCGUCUCCAGAUGGGUGAAGUCGUCUCCACCAUUCCAACAAUCGGGUUCAAUGUUGAAACUGUGCAAUACAACAACAUAAAGUUUCAAGUUUGGGAUCUAGGUGGACAAACCAGUAUCCGGUAA